CCUUGCAUAAGAAUUUGAGAGAAGGGGCUCCUGCGCUGUCAUCUCCAAGUUGAGACGGUGGCCACAUGACUCUUCUCCUGAUCGCACUCCGCACCAACAGAUGCAGCCUGGACUGGCCUCACUGCCCGAAAGAGCCUCUGAAGCCUGUUGUCCUCUCUUCUUCCCUCACUACGAACCAAACUAUUAUUUCUUCCCAAAUUAAAAUAGAAGCGACUGAUCUCAUCCACUUUUGGAGUUGCAGCUUUUUGAAUUUUAAUUUUAGCUAAACCCAGCUAACGACGGUGUCCCUCGUUACUCGAUGCUGUGCAUUCCUUUCUUGACCUCAACUGGCAACCUUGGGCUGUGUUCUUGUUUCCACCGAGGCCUUUAAAGCGCCCCUCCCCCGACCUUAGUUUGGCCUCGCCGUGCUUCUGUCUAAGGUUUCGUUCAAUUCUGUACCGAUAGAUAGUGCCGUGGCAGCAGAAAGAUGGCACUAGAAGCCGUGGUGUUCCCGCAAGACCUCUUUGGUUGCGACGUGAGGGAGUUGCACAAGAAGGGAGGGGAGGUUUGGCGCUAUGACUUUGGUGGUGUAGCAGAGGCCGGGAAGGUAUGUGGUAGUGCUGGCGAUCAAGGUGGGAGGGGACUGCAGCAAGAAAGGAAGGUGGAGGAUGAAACGCGUGGGACGUGGGACACCUCGAGCUCCUCCAUCGUGCAAGCUUCUGCUGAUGGCCAUGUGAAUUCCUCAUCACCGGAGACGGGCACCGAAGACGCCUUCAACGUUAGCCCAGGAUUGGCAGCACGCCGGAGAAAGAAGCGGCGGUUGAAGAGCUUCAAGAACCAGGAGGAGGUGGAGAAUCAGAGGAUGGCCCACAUCGCCGUCGAGCGCAACCGGAGGAAGCAGAUAAACGAGUACCUUGCUGUGCUGCGGUCACUCAUGCCAGCUUCUUAUGUUCAGAGGGGUGAUCAAGCGUCAAUAGUUGGAGGCGCGAUAGAUUUCGUCAAGCAACUCGAGAAGUUCGUCCACUCUCUCGAAGCUCACAAGAGGGUCAAGCAGCGAUCCAGUUCCUCCCCCUCCCCCUUCGCUGAUUUCUUCUCCUUCCCACAAUACUCAUCGAACUCCCCUUGUUGCGCAAAGUCUGCCGCCGAUGACAGCGCCGGUGAACCUGCAGUGGAGAACCACUCGCCUGUAGUAGCAGAGGUAGAGGUGACCAUGGUGGAGACCCAUGCCAACCUCAAGGUCCUCUCGACGCGGCGGCCCAAGCAGCUACAGAACAUGGUGGUGGGGUUGCAAAGCCUCCACCUGACAACUCUCCACCUCAACGUCACCACCAUUGCUGACAUGGUCCUCUACUCUUUCAGCCUCAAGGUGGAAGAUGAAUGCCUAUUGACAUCGGCGGAUGAGAUUGCAACAGCAGUCCACCAAAUGGUUGCGAAGAUUCAGCAGGAUGCUGCCUUUGAUUGUACUGUGUGAUGAUGGCCUCUCAUAAUCUCGUCUAAUAUCCUGUUUUCUGGUUGCUGAAAUGCCCUUAGUCCAAACUCAGCUUUGUUUCCUCAAAAACUUGGUGAGGACCAUUAUAAGGCUUGUAAGCUGUGAGCUUUCUAUGAGCUAAAUCCAAGAAGAAGACUCCUCCUGUACCUGUUCUAAGAGCUUUCUUCAAGGUAAGAGUGCACACCCAAGGAGGACGAAAUUUACGUCACCUUGUAAGAAACUAGUUGUAUUUUAUUGGAAGCUAUCAUGGCGUGUUGAUGGCA